AUGGAUGAGAGGAUCGUGCUGAACGUCGGAGGUGUACGUCACGAGACCUAUCAAGCAACACUAAAGAAAAUUCCAGCGACACGACUCAGCAGGCUAACUCCAACGGUUUCCAACUUUGAUCCUCUUCUCCAAGAAUACUUCUUCGACCGUCACCCAGCAGUGUUCUCCAUGAUCCUGAACUACUACCGAACCGGAAAACUGCACUACCCCACUGACGUUUGCGGGCCACUGUUCGAGGAAGAACUACAGUAUUGGGGACUGGACGCAUCGGAUACCGAGCCGUGCUGUUGGAUGCAACUUCUUCAUGCCAAGGACACGCAAGAGACUCUCGCUGUUUUGGAUCGUAUGGAUGCCGAUCAUGAGGAUGAUCCACAACUCCGUGAGCAAGAUAUCAUGAAGAAAUUUGGCUGGGAGGAGGACUAUUUUCAAGGAAAACGCACCCGCUGGAUGAAGAUCAAGCCACAAGUCUGGUCCCUGUUUGACGAGCCAUACAGCUCCCAAGCCGCCAAGUUCAUCGCCGGAAUUUCUGUUCUCUUUAUCUUCAUUUCCAUCGUCUCAUUCUGUCUCAAGACCCACCAAACCUUUCGACUUCCUGUGCUUACCGGACAAAACAUCUCCAUGCCGUGA